CUUUAGAAAAGCAUCACUUGGGAGCUUGACAAGCAUGGCGGAGGUGGCGGUGUAUGUGGAGCUGUGUACGCGCCUGUCGCGCUUCGUGCAGCUCCAGCCGAGCGACGGUCAUUGCAAGGAGCUACAAGAGGUUCUAGACGAGGUGGUGGCGUUAUAUGAACGCGUGGAUGUACUGGAGCAGCGCGCUGUUAACACCUCGUUGGUGGGAUUCUCAGCCAUGGACGAUCUGGUGUUGCUCUCGUUGCACAAGCUACUUGGAUCCUUCGUGAUCAGUGCAUCGUCUGUGGCGCUUCAAGAGCGAGUAUUUAGGACACUUACACACGUGUUACGGCGUUGCAAGCCUCGCAUGCGAGGUUUUCAGCCCGGACAGGUGCAACGCCGGCUAAGCUUCGUGCAAAGCUGUGUGCUGUACUUACCAUCGCCACCAGAGGCUGGCGGUGAUGGAGAAGGUAUUCCUGGAAGUGUGGCACUUUCUUCUCAGCCUGAGGAGUUGAGGCUUGUCAUUUUGCAAAGUCUACGGGAGUUAUUGGAUGAUGAAGGCCAGGAGAAGCAGGUGAUACAACUUCAAGUGGACCAACAACACUUUUUCGCGUACUUAGUGGCGGCACUAUUGUAUGUGUCACAACGGGAUCGAUGUCGAGAAGCUGCAUUGCAAGCGAUUGAGGUGCUGAAAUGCGUGUUGUUGUUCAUUCGUGACCCACAAACCCUCCGACAAUACUUACCUGGGGUCGCUGCUGGUUUAUGGAAGAGCGCAAAUGCACCACAACAGGCGUCCAAGGUGAUUGUUGCAGCAUUGGACUGUUUAGCUGUAACAUUGGAUCUAUGUAUCGCUGAUGACCAUUUGCCAGGAGACGGGGAGGUGAAGCAACAACAGCAGAGAUUCACGCUGGAAGCCAUUCGACAAUCCUUUGAAACGCAGAAGGAGGAAACAGAUCAACCGGACGACUUACCUUCAAGUAAAAGCGACAAGUGGCUGGAAACCACAGCUAUCAAUCUAGAUCUGCUGCUUUCCCGGAUGUUCGCUGCCAGUGCCACAGCCGUUGCUGCUGGGACCAGUACCGGGUUACCUCGCUCUUCUUGGCGAGUCCGUUGUGCACUUGCACGGCUGUGCGGUACAGUGAUGCUGAGAUGCCGGCGAGCGCUCCAAAUUUCCUUUUUUCGAUGCUAUGAUGAACUUCUGGUUCUUCGAGGUGAUGCAAUUGCAGAGGUCUCUAGCGAGGCAGACGCCGUGCUCCAGAAGCUACAAAUGUCGGCGUUGUCUUCAGAAGAGCGUUUACGGGUACUACCGGAGAUGGGAGAUCGUUUCCAAAUGCUGCUUUCUACUCUGGUGCUCAAACUUGAGACGGAGCAUGAAGCAACCAAAGUUCAUUUUGUGCGCACUCUUCGCGGAUACCUGUCGUUUCUAGGGUCCAGCCUUACUCCGUAUCUUGACGCGUCCAUGGAGAGUAUUUACUCCUCUCUCUGUCGCGUGGUAGCAUUCGCAGCGCUUGAUAUUGAAUUGGUCGUUCAUCAAAAAAUUCCAAGUGCACCUGCGGAGGACAAAAGCAACGACAAGACUGCGCAAAAUGUCGUGGUCUCGCAAUUUCAAAAGCGGUUGCGCUACUUCAACGAGGAAGCUUCAGUUCAAGAGGUCUUCGCGAUGUUGCGCGACGUCGGCGCUGUCUCGACCCCAGCAGGUUUCAUUGACAGCGCUUUCAUGCUAUUAUCUGAGGGAGCCACAGAAACGGGGAGUGCGGAAGUUAUGCUAGUUUUAAACGAGUUCCUACGCGCUUACUGUUCGAAGAAAAAGGACAGCAAUGAUUCGAUGGAUAUCCAUCUUAUUGGCCGAAUUUUGGAGGAUUUAUUGGCGCUGGAGGGUUGGGAAGAGCGCACUUCUCAUGGUUCCAGUAGAGCACUUGUAUAUCAACGUGCGCUUAUGGUUGAGUGCAUUGGUGUGUGUGCAGAAAUUAUUAGCGCUGAGUUCAAGUUAUUCCUGCUGUAUGUGCUGUAUCCGCUAGUUGAACAAUUGGGGUCGCAAAGCGUUGAAGUGGAGCGAGCGGCAUUGGCUGCGUUGGAGAAGGUCUACUUUUUCACGGGCUAUGAAUCCCUAGAGGAACUUUUCCAGUCCAACAUGGACUACUUCGUGGAUUCCUUAUGUGCUCGGCUUGAGCAGUUAGACGCGUACCCGAUGACUGCGUUCGUCGUUGAGGCACUACUGCGGCACACUCGAUUGGCGUCUUUGCCUUUGGUCAACGAGGUGGCAUCGUCACUUCUACGUAGCAUCGAUUUGUACCAGGACUCGCCUUACGUUGAUGGUUUGUUACGCGCACUCAACAAUCUGCUUAGCAGUAUUGCACGUGAUGCCCAAGAAAAUGAACACAAGACAGUACCAACACUUGGAGACGACGAGGCUGAAAGACAGACACCACCUCGCUCGCUUUUGAGCAAUUUUAUUCGCGAGAUGAAGGUAUUGGCAAAUGAUGGUAUUGAUGCUCUCGACGUUGAAGUCGAGGCCGACAAAGAAGAGAAAGAAUCAGCCCCUGAAGCAAGUGUGAAAGGUGCGAUGCCUCUGGAAUAUGAUGAAAUCCAACCUGACAGCCAAGAGGACGAACAAGACAAGGAUGAAGAUGUUUCGGGCUAUCGGACACUCGUCAUUGAUAUCAUGGACAGAUGUGGUUACUUUUUGGUGGAGUCUGACCCUAUCGCGUGUUGUCUGGUAUUAUCUUUGAUCGAAGAAGGCGUACGAUUCCUCUCUCAUCAUCAAAAGCAGCUUUUGCCUCUUGUCGCUCGGAUGUGGCCCGAAUUGCUGCCUCGACUACGUGUGGAGAAUCGCGCUAUCGUAACUGGUACAGUUCGUGUCAUCACCACAUUUGCAGAAACUGCUGGAGAUUUUGUUGGAGGCCGCUUUGUGGAGAGUGUGUGGCCAGUACUGCGGUCUCAAAUGCAGUCUAUCAAUUUCGGUACUGAUGCGAAGUCAUCACAACUCACACGUGCCAUGCUACUGAUUUCAAAGCCGCACGAUGAGGCUGCAAGUGAUGCUGGUGUCGAAAAUGAGCUUAGCGCUGUGAGUGGAACACGGAAGACGCAAGAGAUUCGUCAACUGCUGGCGAUUCUAAAGUGUCUAACCAUAGUUUGCCAACAAUCGGAGACGGUGACACGACUUGUACCUAAAAUCACGCGCGUCUGCUGUAAAUUCUUGAGUCACGCAGCGCCACGGGAAGUUGUGCUGCAAGCCUCGGAGCUCUUUGCAGCAUUAGUGCAGCUGAAUGGUGACGAAGUGUUCUGCAUCGUAGCAGCACUAGCCGAUUGGGUGCCACCAGCACCGCCAAGUGUACGCUUCGCGAGAUAUGAACCAUACGCAGUUCAGCGCUUCUAUCGAGGUCACUUGUCAGGCCUCAGGGAGCAAACCAAGUAUUGCCGAGACAACGCAAGCAUCUUGAUGAAGCGUUUGUUCAGUUAGUAAGCACUCAAGAUAUAGAGGAUAGACCGUACUAUCGUUCAUUAGAACAUGCAUUAGUCUGUUGAACUGCUUGCUACUCGCUGUAUCUAGACGUCUGCGUAUAUUUGCAUUAGUCUAGCCAAACAUACCGCCCAUGUUACCGGCAUAUGCCAUCGGUCGAAUCGGGGGGUGCUCCUAUAGAAAUUACAUAAUAUCAAUGUAAGAAACGCA